AACAUGGCCGCAUGUUGAACGAAACGAUUUUCUUUACUGUUUGCCAAAUAAAACAAUAUUCGCGUGUAUUGUGAGCGGAUUUAUGUCGAUUGUGAAGCCGAAGACUUGAAUAAUUUGUGAGGCAUAUUUACGGCUGCGAUCGCUACGAUGAUGCAUCACCCGAACAUGCAUCAUCAGCCGAUGUCCGGACACCCGCCGCCGCCGCAGCACAUGUCAGGGCACCAGGGCAUGCCGACGCAUCACCAGAUGCCGCCCCACCAAAUGCACAGAGAGAACAGGCAUGUAACACUAACUAGGGUGCCGAUGGGUCCCUCUCAGGCCAGCGGCAUGGGCGGUCACGGGCAAAUGGGCGGCAUGGGCACCAUGCCAGUCCCGCAGCACCACGCGCCCACGCAGCGCCCACCGCACCCUAUCCGGCCCAUGCACCACCCGUCAUCACAACACCACUCUGUGCCGCCGAGGCAGAUGGGCGACAUGGGCUCUGCUUCAUCGCAGCGCGCGCCGCUAACUAACCGGCUCUUGCGCAACCCGCCUACGUCACAACCAACUGCGCUGACGCAACAGAACCGUCUCCGCCGCCCGUACUCAGUCGGCGGAGGCUACGGCUCCAGCUCGGUGCCCAACGCCAUGCCGCCGCCAUACGCGCAGCCUCCGCCGCAGCCGCAGACCACCACGCCACAGAGUCACAAUGGUCUGACCAGGCCAUCGUCACCAAAACUCACGGUGCCAACAAAACUAAAGCCAGACUUUGUGACGGCACCAGCACCACCCAAAACAAUAAACUCCGCGCCAAACAACACUCUAGACGCAAAAGAGGAGAGCGGGACAGUAAUACCCAGCGGGUCGGGGGUGGGAGCGGGUGCGGCAACAGAAGUGGAGGACAAGAAAGAGAAACACGCGGCGACGGGCGAGGGCGAGGCGCGCGCCGCCGCACCGGCCAACAGUAAAGAGAAGACCCCUAUGUGCCUGGUCAACGAGCUGGCCAGGUACAAUAAGAUUAAGCAUCAAUACCGCCUAACAUCAGAAACGGGACCCGCUCACAAGAAAGUAUUCACAGUUACACUCCGAUUGGGUGACACUGAGGAAUACACGGCUGAGGGGUCGUCGAUAAAGCGCGCACAGCACGCGGCUGCGAGUGCGGCGCUGGGAGGGACGAGAUUCCCUCCCCCGCCGCCCCGCGCGCUGCCCUCACACGCGCACCACGCCUCGCACCACCGACACGCAGGUGCUGUAAUGCCAACAGUAGAACUCAACGCGUUGGCGAUGAAGCUGUGCCAACCUGCUAUAUACACGUCUGUGCCAGCAGUUCCGAGACCCCGUCCACGACUACCUUACCGUCUGCCCGCGCCCUUCGUGCCGCCGUACCCACACGCAACGCAGGGCCACACGCCAAGGGUUUUGGACCCGGGCUCAUUACUAUACAGAGUGCGCCUGAGUGUAGGCGGUCGGUCGUGGGUCGGCGAGGGUGCGACUCCGCAGGGCGCGCGACACGACGCGGCGGCGCGCGCCCUACAGGACAUGCGACCCUCCAGCGGCAACGAAAGUGAUAAUGACUCGGGAUCGGACCUACUAAAUUCAGAAGUCAAAUCGCCGGUGUCGUUGGUGCACGAGUUAGCGCUGAAACGAAAUCUUAGUGUGCAGUUCACAGUCAAAUCCGAGCGAGGACCACCGCACAUGAGGGUAUUCAUAACAGCGUGCACGGUGGGCGAUAUGGAGACAGAGGGCGAGGGCAAUGGCAAGAAAGUGUCCAAACGUCGCGCGGCGGAGCGUAUGUUAGAAGAGAUGCGGCGGCGCUGGCCGCCCGCAUUGUUACGUGCGCGCCCGCCCGCCGACCGGCGACGCCACGCGCCCACUAAGAAGAAGCCUAGGAACCUCAUCAAGGAGGGCGGGGCGGGCACGGGUUCGGGCAGCGAGGGCAACGGAUCGUGUACAGGAGGAGUCAUGGGUUUAAAUGUAGCUAACGGCACGAGCGGCGGCGCUGACAACCCUAUAUCGCGGCUGGCCGUCGCCCGGCACGCGGCCCGCGCUCGCUCGCCGCAGUACCGCGUGCUGGAGGAGAGGGGCGCCGCGAGACGGCGCGAGUUCUUAGUUCAAUGUGAGGCGCCCCCGCACUGCGCUACAGGACUGGGGCCCAAUAAGAAGGCGGCCAAGCGACGCGCUGCGCACAAUGUCUUGCUGGCGAUGGAGUUGGGCACCAAUUCGAGCGAUCAGACAACGUUAAGUAACAACGCUGACGUUAUCAACAACGGAACGGGAGAUGCCAACAAGACCAACAACAUUGAUGUUAAACGAAAGGAAAACGAGGCAAAUUCUGGUUUAGCCAAUAGCGAUGUCCGACAACCGGUCCCUGGCGUUCUUAUGAUGGACUAUCAUCAACGUACCGGACAACCCUCUCAACCUAAUGGAGUGAGCGAGACGAGUGCUACGGGUGGCGUGACGCCAUCUGUGGGCGCCUUGGGUGUGAGCGGCACUGCUGCCGCGGGCCCCGGUACGCUCUCGCCUGGCGCCAAGGACCAACUUAUGUACCUGUCGCAACUGCUGGGCUUUACUGUUCAGUUCUCCGAUUUCCCUAAGCGCAACCACGGCGAGUACCUGUCGCUGGUGUCUCUGUCUACGGAGCCGCCGGUCAUGUGCCACGGCGGCGGUGCGUCCACCGCGCACUCGCACGAGCAGAGUGCACGCGCGGCAUUGCGCGCACUGGCACUCAUGGGUCUCGAGGCGCCCGCCAUCGGAAACAAGCAGAGCCCUGGGCCAGGCAAGCCCGGUGCGAUUAGUACCGGCAGCGGGGACUAAGCCUUCCCUCACACCCCCACCCCUGCAGUAGCGGUUACCCCCCCUCGCAAUAUUAAACACGUGUGAAUAUCUCACGGCGCGAAAUAAAUCCAUCGAAACGUCUUCUAUACUUGACUGCUAUAGUUUGUUGCACAGCUAAUGGGUACAGAGUCAUGCCAGAUAGAAUAAUGGCAAAAAAGUAUGAAUACUGAUUAAUUAAAUCAUAAAACAUUUAUAUGUGACAUAUUUGUUUAAGACUUAUACAGUUUUGUCUAUUACAAGAUGCUUUAUAUGUUAUAGUAUAUUUAUUGCUUGAUUGAUAAGUUGUGUUCGGUGACCUUAUUUAAUAAAUCUAUACGAUGGCUUUCGCUAGACCAUUCUUCAGAUGGUCCGGGCCGACAAAACUAACUUUAAAUGUUGUCUAUAAUAAAUAAUAGAUGAUGCAUUAAUCAUUGAAUAAUUCAACGAUAUUAUUUUAUUGCGAAGUUAAUGAUAUUUAUUUUUUUGUAUUCUUAUUCGAUAGGGUUCUGCCCAAAAAUAACUUCUUUCUUAACACAUCCCAAUCUAGUGGAUGGAUCUAAUUAGUAAAUUACGCCCUAUGUAAUCUCCAUUGUACCCAUCAGCUGUGAAACAAUCCAUAAUUUUAUUUCGUACUUACCGCAAGCUAUGACAUAUUCACAAUGACAUUUAGUUGAUCUCGGGUCAUGCAACAAGUUUAGUUUCUUUUGUUUUUUUUUUUUAAUAUAUUCCUAUUGUUUUAGAAAUACAAAUAUGUAUAUUUUUUUUGUUAUAGUUCGCGAUCUGUAGUGUAUUUUAUAUUGAACACGAAACGACUCCUGACGAUAAAUUUACACAAAUUUACAACCUAGGUGCGAAGUAUUUAUUAUAAAAAAAAAAGUAAGCUGCGACUAUUUUAAGAAAGUAAUAUAUAAGUCAUACGUAGGAUUAAUUAAGUAAAUUACACGCCAGAAAUACAGCUAUCUCGUUAUUUAUUUAGCUAGUGAUCGCGUAGAAAAGUAUCGGUAAAUUAUGUAGAACCGUUAUGUUAUAACGUAACGUAACAUGAGGCUGUGAAGCCAAACCAAAACGGUCAAUAUCGAUGCGGCGACUGCCGGCGCUUAUGACGUCAUAAGUAACGAUAUGAAAUAUUUUAGCGUAGGAUCGCACUAGGGACAUGUUGCACGACAAAAUGGGAUAAAAAUAGCUCAGCUACACACACUGCUAAUUGCUUAUUCUAUUAUUGCUAUAAUUGCUAGUUCGCGUUUAUUUUUAUUUAAAACAUAUUAAAUUGCAUUUUUUAUAGAAAUGCAUUUAAAAUAACAAAUAUUACAUGCAAAAGAUAACUAAAAGACGUCAGACAUGUAGGAAUCGUCCACUCGUUAUUGCAAUUUUUUGGCAAGUUUGACAAUUCUUGCAUGAAGAAGUGGCGAAUUUUGCGUCACACAAAUUUAUUACGCGCUCAGUAGCUAUGAUUUCUAAAUCAAAACAAAAACUAUUUCUUUAAAGAGCAAAGAUUAAAUUUUAUCUAAAUAAUAGUGUAGUAUCGUCGUUUUUUAAGAUAUGCAUGCUCGCGACCUAAAGUUUCGAGUAUGAAAUAUUAUGUGAAGUAAAUUGGACCUCAAAGUUCCUCUUUUAGAAGUCUUACAUUAUUAGCUAAUAAAGAGCACUGGCUGGAGAAGUUUGGACCAUCUUAAUCUUUUAGUGAAGGUAAUUUAGGUCCAUUUUUCUCUGAUUACUUAGAUUUUCGGUAACGAUCUCUGCGUGCAUGUAUAUUGCGUACAAAAGAUGACAGUAGACCUAGACAAAAAUAACAUUAAGGACUGCAGGAUUAGAAAUAAUAAUAAUAAUAGUAUAGUAAUAAAAUGUCAUUUUUAUAAAAAUUAGUAUUUCCUCUUAUAGAAAAUGUUUUUGUGUACUACCGAUAUCGAAUUAGAAUUGGUUUGAGAAACGGAUAGAAUAAGACAAUAAUUGUCCUGAGACCACGAACGGUAAUAAGGGCACUGUAGCCAGAGGGGAAGUCGUGAAACAAAAAGUCCCUGGUGUGACGAAGCUCUAUAAGAGUGGCGGUUAUAUAUGAUUAUUUGUAAGCUCAUAGAGAUAGAGUAACGUAUAGCGAUAGUUAGUUUCCGCGCGCCGGGGGUCGCCCGCGAGUCCGAAGUUGCAUCAUGCGGCCAUGGUGACAUCUUAGGUAAGUAGUGACUAUAGUUCGUUUCAAAUAGCUUGUCCCUUUUCACACAUUAUUAUAGUAACGUACGUAUACAACAUACAUUUAAAUCCUAUACAUAAUAAUAAUAUCGAUAAUUUCACAAAUGGAAUAUGACUCAUGAAACAUUGUUUUGAAUAUUUGGCUAAUUAAUAACUUGGAUAAAAAAUUGGCUAUCGAAAUGUUAAUACGUAAUUUUCGAAAACGACAAGUCGAUUGGAUUUAUAUCUUCCUAAAUAUUAGUCACAUAAUUUUUUAAUUGGUUUAGCGUCCAAUUUUGCCCAUACAAAAUUCGGGUUGUAUGGUUUGUCCUGAUUUUGCUUAACUUAGCGCAGUAAUACAUUCAAAAUACCGCGAACAGUUAGUUUGGAGUUUUACUAUUUAGCGCAGGGUUGUGGCGAACGCGACAUUCUUUGCAACGACGAUUAAUGUUUAAUGUUCUUUAUACUUACUUUUAAUACUUCGUGAUCGCCUCUUCGCAAGCGCUAAAAAAUAGUUUGUGUCUCUUUCAUUGCACGUUAAAUUUGCAAAGUGCUGGUUUGGCACACAUGAAAGCCAAAGGGAGAAAAAAAAUAGUACGUUAACUCUGUUAAUAAGUUUAUAGUGGUAUGCUAUAGACACGUCAAAAGGGAACAGCUAUGUGAAAUGAACGGAUAGUGAUCGCCUCAGCCCUCGGCCUGCAGUGCGCACGCGCCCGCCUCGCUGCGACGCGACCUUCGGGGGAUGUGGCGAUUAACGUGUGGCCUCGAUUUUUAACAUGUAUUACUUAGAUUAGAUGUAUGUUCAAGAGUUUUCCCUGACCCUAAACUAUGAAAUGUGGAAUUUUAGUAAAUAAGUCAGGCACAUUUGAGUAUUUCCGUUACGUGUUCGUUGAGGGGUAUCCAUAACCAGCUGUGGACUAGCCGUUAUACAUCCCAAUAUCAUCUAUAAAUUCAGUAUCAAAUACAUAUUAUCAUUAUUUUGACUUCUAGAUUAUCCAUUCUAUCGAACUUCGAGUUCUUUUUGACAUGGACUAAAUCCAGGCGGAACCAAACUGCGUUAUUGUGCUCUAUUCUUUAUGCGGCUUAUUUGUCUGCAUUCGGUGAAGUGUGUCGGUUUUUUGACACAUAUCAAAGGAGACAAAUACGCUUAAUACGCGCUUAGACAUCCCACAUUUCGGCCUCUCGUUUGAUCAAUUGCAUUGAUAAAAUAUAAGUUGCCAAACAUCUUGAGCAGCAAAAUUUCUAUCUACUCUGCGUUGCGGGUGCAACGGCAGAGUAUCGUAUCGUGCGCGUGAUUGGUAGAUUCGUCGAGUUUUGUAGACUGCUCAUACUUCGAUCACUCACAUGAUCACUUGCAGCAUGCUGGCUUGUAGUACGGUCAUGAUUGGCAAACAUCACUUAUUUGGCAUAUACGGCAUACCGGCACAAAAUGAUGACAUGAAUGUUUGCUGUUCGCACACAUAACAUAUAUUAUUGCGAAUACCGCGUAGUCGCAUAACAGCGCAUAUUACUGCAGCGUGGUUCCACCAUUUAGAGAAGCGCAGUAGUCGCGAAGAGAAGACACUGCACACGCGGUCUAUGUGUAAAUGUUCACUGAUUAAUUACCCGCGUUUGGAUAAAAACUUUUAGAACACGUUAACGGUAAUACGGAUUUUCAUCUCGAUAGUACGGUACUAGUAGAAGUAGUUUUGUAUUCCUAAUGUGUUUAGGAUAAGGUUGCUUGUUAUUUUAGUAUCAUAAUAUAAUAUCAUUAUGUGUAGCCAUUUAAUAUAUACAACUAGUUUGACGACUAAUUAUAGGAGAAAGCGUUUGUAUAUGUGUAAGAAAUCAGAAUACAAUUGAUCGGAAACAUUAUUUUUAUUUUUAGUUCAAUAAUUUAGUUUUAUUUUUGUUUAAUUAUAAUGUGCUUCGUGGGACCCGACGCCCGAUCAGUUGUAUGUUGUACGCAAAUGAUUGUACAUUUCAUUGUAUUGGGUCUGUUUUUAUUACUUUAGUGGUAAUAGUUUUUCUUGCAAGUCAAAUCGAUUGCCCUUGCUCUUAUGUAAAUUCACGCUUAAAAUGUGUCUCUAAAUAGUCGACCACGGCUCUAUACAUUUAGUUAUUACUAAAGACCAUUUUAAAUCGAGGCCAUUGGUAGAUAUUUCUUCAUGUCGAAUGUUGCACAAGUAACAACGCAUAAAGAAAUGAAAAUAUUGUUAUUGGAUUUAAAACGCCAUAACGGCAUAAGGAAGUGUUUAUUUAUUUUGUUUAAGCAACUAAUAUUUUAUAUUAUUAUAUUGGGCGGAGCAAGUCCCAACACAAACUUCAUGCUGUUAGCAUUGUAUAACAAUAAAAAUAAUAAAAUAUUACAACUUGUUUUACUUCUA